AUAACAAAAACAGCUGAUUGUUAAACCGGCGUGCAUUAAAAAGGAAAAACAACGCUUUGUAUUUUUGGUUAAUAAUGUUACAAAAUAUAUCGCUGGCCGUGCGCUUACAAGCGCGUCGGCAAUUCGCGAGUGCUGCUGUGAAAACUCAAGUGGGAGAGCAGAAGAGUACAAAUAAACCGCUAAUUUCCUGCCGACGCACACAAUUCAAUCUCUUGGAGCACGAGAGACAAGACGCAAAGUUCGGGACAGUUACACUGUGCUCCAAGGGCUGGCUGCAUAACAAGUCCAAAGGCGAUCACUUUUCCCUGAAUGCCAGCAUCAGUGGCGAGCAGCGGAAAGCGGAGAUGCAGCGUCUUGAAGAUUUCUUGGGCACGGGUCAAAUGCAGCUUCAUGAGCAACUUUUACACAACUUACAAAAUGUAUUGGACAUCAAAAAGCUGACAGGCAUUCAAAGCCAAGCUAUACCGAUUGUAGACGGCAGCUUCCACACGCUGAUUGCCGCAGAAACAGGAUGUGGCAAGACUUUGGCCUAUUUGCUGCCUGUGCUCAACAAGCGGUUGCAAGGAUUAAGCAGAGAAGGUGACCGUCAGUUAAAUACUCCCACCGUUCUCAUACUUACACCAGGUCGCGAAUUGGCCACACAAAUCUCCCAGAUUGCUCAGAAACUCUGCACGGGCACAGACCUUAAAGUGAAGGCGUUGCUGGGCGGAAAUACAAAGCAGCUGAUGUUAAAUCCCGACUUUGAGCAGGUUGACAUUUUGGUGGCCACACUGGGAGCGAUUAGCAAACUGGUCACGACGGGCAUCUAUCGCAUGGAGCAAGUGCGUCAUGUGGUGCUGGACGAGGCAGACACACUUCUAGACGAUUCAUUCACCGACAAACUCACGUAUUUCCUCAGAAGAUUUCCCUUUCACAAGAAUCACGUUCAGGAUGCAAGUACAGUGGGCACUCAGCUACUGCUCGCCUCUGCCACAAUGCCAACAAAUACCCGAGAGAUUCUGCAACGUGUCAUCGAUGUGGAAACCAUAAGAGAAGUUGUCAGUCCAUAUUUACAUUAUUUAAUGCCGCACGUGACGCAAAAGUUUCUGCGCAUUUCCAAGGCUGAUAGGCCGGCCAACUUGUUGGUUUUGGCCAAACAGGAUCUGGCCAAGCGACGUCCUUUAAUUGUAUUCAGCAAUAAGUCAGCCACAAGUGAUUAUGUCUCCAUUUUUCUGAACAACAGCGGCAUUAACUGCAUCAAUCUGAAUGGAGAUAUGUUAAUGAAGAUUCGUCUGGGCAGAUUUGAGGAGUUCCAGCGUGGUGACUGCGAUGUUCUGUCCACCACAGAUGUCGGCAGUCGAGGAUUGGACACAACGCGUGCACGUCACGUCCUGAACUUUGAUUUCCCGCUCCACGUAUCCGACUAUAUUCAUCGCUGUGGCAGAAUUGGACGUGUAGGCAGCAUGGAUAAAUCUCUAGUCACCAACUUUAUCUCAUCCCGUCGAGAAAUUGAUGUGGUACAACGCAUAGAACACGCCGCAAGAAUCGGCGGACUGUUGCCCGAUGUGAAUGCAAACAUCAAAAACAUCAUCAACAAGCGAAUUGUGGCAGAGAUGAAGGAAGCGGGAAUCGCAGUGCCACAGGAUGAGGCCUUCUAGUUGGAUAGUUUAUCAACCUUUGUAUUUAGUUAUUAUGUACAUAGUUAGUUCAUAAAGUUGAUUUUCUUGUAUGA